AUGGAAACGACUUAUUAUCAAUCAAAGUUGGAAAAUCUUCCAGAUGAGAUUCUAUUAGAAAUCUGUAAAUACUUAUUAUGCGCUGAUAUUCUUCUGUCAUUUGUGGGACUUAACCAACGAAUAAUGCAAAUGAUCACUCAAUAUCGUCAUCAUACUUCAUUAUAUAAAGCAUCUAUUGCAAAAAGUAAUUAUUUAUGUGUAAAUAUUCUUCCUGAAAUCGGUUCUCAAAUUCGCUCAAUACUCAUUGAUUGUUGCUAUUCAAUCUUACAAGAUGAUUUAUUUAUUAAAUAUUUUGGCAAGAAAAUGUCGAUAGUAUUUCCUCAACUGGAAAAAAUCAGCCUUGUCUCCUAUCAAUACAAACAAUUAAUUGAUAUUCUUAAUAGUCUACAUGAUUUAAAGCAUCUGGUUGAAAUUCGUUUAUAUAAUCUCUUUCCGAUUCAUAAAUCUAAUCAAUUAAUAGCUACUCCCUCAUUGAUGCAAGCAAAUAAUCAUCGAUUUACAACAAUAUUAAUCGACGAUGAAUCAAGUUCGUUAGGUUUCAAUCAACACGAUUGCUACUUGAAUGUCAUCCGAUUGCAAGUCAAACUACAAACAAUCGCCGAUCUGUCAACUCUUUUUUCCUCCAUCCCUAAUGUUCAAUAUCUAGACGUAAUAAUGGAAGAAAACGGUAGUUCAUCGAGACAUUUUGAUGGAUUGGAUUUAUCUUGUCUUUAUCAUCUGACUGAUUUCAAACUCGUAUGCACUAAACAGCCAUGGAUAUUCGAAGAUUUGCUUGUACUAUUUGCUCAAAUACCCAACGUACGAUGUCUAUCCCUGUUUCUUUUUACAUCUGAUACGCGCUUUAUCCAAAGUGACAUCAUAAUUUCUUCACUUCCUUCUACUAUUCAACAAUUCAACUAUGCCAUUUACCUACUUCAUUUUACACCAUUCGAUCAAAUUGAUGAAAUCAUUACUACAUGGUCACCAUCUCAUGAAGUUACAUGUUUCUUUCAUGAUACAUUCUUAUUGGUUCAUACAUUGCCUUGGCAUUUCGAUCGCAUUUCAUUUCCAAAAUAUACCAGUAAAAUAAUGUCCUGCCGAACGAAUAUGAUAUCGGGCUAUGAUAGUAGUGUUAAACAGCUCGAAGUCAAGAUCGAUAAAAAUUUCACUUUAAAAAAAGCUUUAGGAAUUAUAUCGCAAUGUCGUCGAGUGAAAGAAAUUACCAUCUAUGUAACAAAUUCAAUUGACACUAUUAAAGCAGACGAAUGUUCGGUUCCUGAUAUUCCUGAAUUAUCUCGACUUAGGCAAGUGGCUUUUUACGGGCCAAUACCUUCUGAUCUAGAUCAUUUCUUAUUGGUUCUUACUGCCGCGCCCAAUAUCUGUCGCUUAGAUUUACCUUUUGAUCUUUUAUGGCAAUUAAUCGAUAAUCAACAAAUACGUCAUAUUCUUGGUCACCGUAUUACUUCACUUUCCAUUCUUGAAAAUGCAACUAAAUCGUCAUUAGUAACACUCCAGCAAGAACAUAUUCCUAUCAUUUCUUCAGCAUUCUUUCGAGUUUAUGAUAUCUAUGCUAAUUUAGCACAUUUAACUCACAAUACAACCGUAGUCUCGACGAAAAAUAUUCUUGAUGAAUGUGGAGUUGAAAAUUUAGUCACCCAGUUAGACCACGAGAAAUCCGAAGUCUUCUCGUCAUCUUCAACUGAUUCAAUGUUGGUAUCUUUGUUGGCGGAAUUCAAACACCAUAAACUCACUGGUCUCUGUAUUACUGGAGAGUUCUCGGAAAACAUAAAAGUCAACACAAAACAUUGGUUAAAACACAAUACAAUUCUAAAUGGUCAAGAGUUUGAAGCUAUUUUCUGCGAUGAAUUACAUCGAUUACUGAUUUGGAUGUGA